AUGAGGUCCGUCAAUUACGCCGUCACGCUGGCCCUCACCACCGCCGCCCUGCGCUCCGCCACGCUCGUCUCUGCUCUUUCGAUUGCCGAGCAUGUCACGUACAAGGCGAAGGAUGUCUCUUCGUCUACCGCGGGCACGCUGCACUGGUGCAACAUCACCGUCGACACAUUCUUCCAGGGCGAGAAGGACAGGAAAGUGAUCGAGUUCAAGAUCAGUGGCUCGACUUUCUACAACAUCGACACGGCCGUGUUCAAGGUUAACUCGAAUAUGUUUCUCCGGAGGCUUCUUAGCAUCCCCAAUCCUUCUCCGGAGCUCUUUAUGGUCCUCACAUUGACAACAUCGAGAACACUCCACUGUUGAUCUCGUUGCACAAUUGCGGGCACACCUCUAGCUCUGCUCUCGAGAGCUGUCAGUCGGUCGGGUGCUCGUCCAAUCCGUCCAUCCGUCUGUCCGUUCGCUACGCUCGCUUUCAUCUGCAACUCAAGUGCUGGCCAACUGUUAUACCUCGCCGAUCUUGCGCUACUCCGGUAAUUCGGUCCAGAUUGGCUCUCUGUCAUCUUUCUCCGGCAUACUAGACCCAUUUCUCGGCAUCACACUAUUUUUCUGUUCCGCUUGCUGCUGCAAAGUUCUGUAUUGUCAUGGUCCUUCGUAUUUCAUGCAAUGAUGCAUCAUGCUUGCCCGAAAGGAAGAGUCAGU